AUGGCAUACGCAAGAACAGAUCUUCCAUUAAAUGGAGAAAGAGAAAGUGGAGCAGAUGUUAGAACACAAAAUGUUAUGGCAGCAGUUGCAAUUGCAAAUGUUGUCAAAACAUCAUUUGGACCAGUUGGACUUGAUAAAAUGGUUGUAGAUGAUAUUGGAGAUGUUACAAUUACAAAUGAUGGAGCAACAAUAUUAAAAUUAUUAGAAGUUGAACAUCCAGCAGCAAAAGUAUUAGUAGAACUUGCAGAAUUACAAGAUAAAGAAGUUGGAGAUGGAACUACAUCAGUUGUUAUUCUUGCAGCGGAAUUAUUAAAAUAUGGGAAUGAAUUAAUAACACAAAAAAUUCAUCCAUCUACUGUAAUUCAAGGAUUUAGACUUGCAAUGCAAGAAGCAGUUAAAUUUAUUAGAAAAAUAGUUAUUCAUACAAAAGAACUUGAUAGAAAAAAUCUUGAAGAAGUAGCAUUAACAUGUAUAUCAUCAAAAGUUAUUGGAGGAGAAGAAGGAGAAUUUUUUAGUAAAUUAGCAGUAGAUACAAUUCAAAAAGUUAAAAGAAUAGAAAAAGGGAAAAAUAAAUAUCCAGUAAGUGGAGUUACAAUAUUAAAAGCAUAUGGAAAAUCAAGUAAAGAAACAAAACUUAUUGAAGGAUGUGCAAUAAAUUGUGUUGUUGCAAGUGAAGAAAUGCCAAAAGAAAUUAAAGGAUGUAAAGUUGCAGUUCUUGAAGUUGAUUUAAUGAAAGAAAAAAUGAGACAAGGAAUUCAAAUAAUAAUAAACAAUCCAGAAGAAAUUGAUAAAUGUAAAGAAGAAGAAAUGAAAAUAGUAUUAAGAAGAGUUCAAAUGAUUAUAGAAUCAGGAGCAAAUGUAGUUUUUAUAUCAGGAGGACUUGAUGAAUUAUGUACACAAUAUUUUGUAAAAAAAGGAAUUGCAGUUGCAAAAAGAGUAUCAAGUAGAGAUUUAUAUAGAAUUGGAAAAGCUACAGGAGCAAAAGUAAUUUCAACAUUAGUUAAUUUAGAAGGAAUAGAAGAAUUUGAUAAAAAUAAUUUAGGAGAAUGUGAAACAUUUAAACAAGAAAAAGUAGGAGAUAAUGAAUUAAUUGUUCUUAGAGGAUGUUUAGAUGGAGGAUCAGCUACAGUACUUCUUAGAGGAGCAAAUACAACAAUGUUAGAUGAAAUGUCAAGAUCAUUUCAUGAUGCAUUAUGUGUAUUAAGAAGAGUACUUGAAAGUAAUACAGUAAUAGUUGGAGGAGGAGCAACAGAUGUUGGAUUAUCAGUUCAUUUAAAUGAAUAUGCUACAACAUUAGAAGGAAGAGAACAAUUAGCAGUUCAAGCAUUUGCAGAUGCACUUUGUGUAAUUCCAAAAGUACUUGCACAAAAUGCAGCUAAAGAUGCAAGUGAAUUACUUUCACAAAUGAGAAAAAGACAUUAUGGAGCACAAAAAAUGGAAAAAGUAUGUUAUGAUGGAUUAGAUUUAAUAAAAGGAGUUAUAAGAAAUAAUCUUGAAGCAGGUGUAAUUGAACCUUCAAUAAGUAAAGUGAAAUGUAUUAAAUUUGCUACAGAAGCAGCAAUUACAAUUUUAAGAAUUGAUGAUUUAAUUAAAUUAAAUCCAACUCCACAACCAAAACAAGGACAAGAUUACUAA